UUUUUUGUUUGUUUUAUGUUUUCAGAGUCUCAUUCACAACUAAAUGUGUGCGGUAAGCCUCCGCUCAACACUAAGAUUGUGGGAGGAGAGGUGGCCUCUGCAGGCAGCUGGCCCUGGCAGGCCAGUCUGCAAGGCUCUGGGUCCCACGUCUGUGGAGGAUCCCUCAUUAACAAUCAAUGGGUGCUGACUGCUGCUCACUGCUGUGCAAUAGAAGACAUAAGCACGAGCACUCUGACUGUGGUUCUGGGUCUCCAGAGUCUAGAGGUACCAAACCCCAAUCAGGUGUCUCGGAAAGUCUCAAAGAUCAUCAUUCAUUCCGGCUAUAAUUCCAAAACUUAUUACAACGACAUCUGCCUCCUGAAGCUCUCCUCACCGGUGAAAUUCACCAAAUACAUCCAGCCCGUCUGCCUGGCAGCCCCAGGCAGCACCUUCUACAACGGCACUGAAGCCUGGGUCACCGGCUGGGGCAAAAGCAGAUAUGGAGUAUUCAUUCCUCUUUCAGAAGACCUAAUGGAGGUGCAGGUGCCGAUUGUGGGGAACAGACAGUGUAACUGUAACUAUGGAGUGGGCGUCAUCACAGACAACAUGAUCUGCGCUGGCGUAGGAGGGAAGAGCUCCUGUCAGGGGGAUUCGGGAGGUCCGCUGCAGAGCAAGCAGGGCGGCCGCUGGAUCCAGGAGGGAAUUGUGAGUUUUGCAAUAGGCUGUGCCGAGACUCAAUUCCCAACAGUCUACACCAGAGUGUCCCGUUAUAGGUCCUGGAUCAACAAGCAGAUCACCAGCAACCAGCCAGGCUUCAAGACCUUCAAGUCCACUGGGAUGGACGGCGACCUCAGUGUCACCUGUCCUGGCCUGCCACAAGGCCACUAAUGGUGAUCUGGCGGUGAGCAGAGCGGCUCUUGGUUACAGGCAGCAGUGUUGUUAGUUGGAAACAAUCAACAACGCCACCUUCCUGGCUCAGACUCCACCAACACCACCAGCAACAACAUCAUAGCUGCCGGCAAUAUACCAACUAGCAGCGGGGGCGCUCCUGCUCACUCCCCCUUCCUCUUCUUCCAAUUCCUCAUCAGCUUUCUCUCUAAAAUGAUUGGUAUAAAAUGAAUAAAUGAAUGACAAUGAAUUGUUUAAGCAGCACGAAACAAAUGUAGGUAUAUGUAGCCUGGCUUACUAGCGUGUCAAGGUUUUUGAAGGAUCCAGACGUUAUGCAAAAUACAAGAUGAUGAUUUGUCAUUUACAAAAAACUUCCCCCUCAAAUAACUGAAAACAGGAUGUUUAUUGAUUACAUUGCAGAUAGAAUUAAACUAAUGCUGUCAUGGAAUUUCUUACAAUCGUUAACAAAUGGAUUAAAAAACUUAAAGGAGCAUAUUUUAGAGGUCAGAGGAUCACAUGUUCAUCAUGUACCUAUCUGAGCUAGUGUACCUUACUGUACAAUUAUAUCUAAAGUGAACAAGCAGCUUUUGCUCUAAAAAUACUUUAACUGAACUUUACAUUGAUAAUAAUUUGGUUUGAAAGAUAAAUUUUAAUUUUAAGUCUUGUCAAGCUUUGCUGUGGCAACAACUGUCCUGUAGAUGUGAAAGUGCUGAACUAUUAACCCCUUUGAUUUUUUUAUUUAUCACAAUAACCUGUUUUUAAUUAAGGGAAAUCCUUUCUGUCGGCUUUGAGCACAUGUAUGAACUCAACUAAUCCAAAUGUCCUGCAGUAAAUCCUCCUUCAUGAUGGUUUUAAUCUGUUUGUGUUAAAACUGUUUUAGAGACGUGCUGAUUCAACUGUAUUUGGAGGCUGAAGUUGUGUUCUUGAAGCCACGCUUGUAUCAAAAUAAAAAAAGAAUUGAGCAAA